AUGUCAAACACACGGUUGCCUCCUAUCCCUCCAGUGCCGGUAAAGACGGAGGAAGACAAAGCUCGAGAGGCAGCUGAGCAGAAGGCUGCAGUUACUGUGGACUCACUGGGAAGGAAGAAAUGGGAUAAAGCGUUCUUCGCGAAGAAGGCGGAUGAGGAGCAGCAGGAAGAGGCUCUUAGAUAUUUGAAGGGGCUGAAACGGGAGAAUGAUACGCCUGUAGAGCGAGCACCGUUGAGGCAGCGGACUGAGGUUGUUGAUCUGGAAAAAGAUAUUGGAAAACGGAAACUCAUCACGGAGCGCACAGUUAAGAAGCAUCAAGGAGGAUACUGGUGCGAGGUGUGUGAGUGCUUGUUGAAGGAUAGUCAGUCGUAUCUGGAUCAUCUCAAUGGCCGGGAUCACAACAGGAACUUGGGCAUGAAUAUGCGAGUGGAGAAGGUUAGUGUUGAUCGGGUGAAGGAGAGGCUGGAGGAGAUGAAGAGACUGGCUAGGGAGAAGGCGCAGAAAGCAACAAAGGAUGACGUCAUUGAUAGAGAGGCCGUAGAGGAGCGGUUGGAGCACAUCAAGAGGGAGGAGGAGAAGGAUAAGCAGCGAAAGAAGGAGAAGAAGAAGCUGAAGAAGCAGAAGAAGCGGGAAGCUCUUUACGGGCCGGGGUAUGGUGGGAUGAAGGAGGAAGAAGGGGAGCUUGAUGCUAAUGGGGGCGGCGGAGCGACCAAAGAGAGCUCCCAUGAUGAGCUGAUGCGCAUUAUGGGGAUAUCAGGCUUCGGGGGGAGUUGA